AUGCCUAAUGGAGGCAAAAUUCCUGAUCAUGCUUACUAUGCCAACGGAAAAGCAAUCGGACGUGGUGGCCUUGAAAAUAAAGGUAUACACCCUGGAUAUGUUGAAGAAAAUCAAGGUUUGAUUAUCGAAUAUGGUGAUGCAAAAGUAUUAUUAUCGGAAUAUGAAGUAUUAGUUAUUGUUGCCUUGGAAUGGGUUCAUGUAUCACAGUUAUCUGAAUUGUUGGGUACUACUCCUUUCAUUGCUGGUGCUGAACAGAGAAGUAUGGACCUUUUGUAUUUUGCUAGAAUAAAUAAUAAAAUUGGUAAAGUAGGAAAGCAUUUGUCUGGAAUUCAUUUUGUUGAUAAUGAUAAAAGUAAAAUUAGUCAAGACUACGAAAUGCUAGUCUAUAAAAAAGAAUCUAUCAGAGAAUUAAUUGAAUA